CAUAUUUUGAAAAAGAUGAAGGAGGUUCAGUGUGGUCCAGAGAGGCUUGCCGAGUACAUGAGAAUGGAUGAGGAGAACAGUGUUACUCAAGCUGAAGAAAUGCUCAUGGUCUCCAACAUGCAGUCCAGAAAACCAUGUAGGCGUUCCCGAUCAAUGGUCAAAGAGUGUAUGCAGCGCAUUCAGGCCGCUGUCAGCUCAGUGGUGGGGCUGCACUGGCUCUGCUACGUUGCUCUGGGAGUUCUCACGGCUCUCCUGAGCUUCUGCAUGAACUUCACUGUGGCCAAGCUGCUGCGAGCUCACCAGUGGCUGUACAGUCACCUGGAGGGCCAUGCUGUGCUGCAGUUCCUGUGCUGGACUCUGUACCCGACCUCCCUCUGUGCCCUCUCCACCAGCUUCUCUCACAGCAUCUGCCCAUACUCCGCAGGCUCGGGGGUCCCGGAGGUGAGGUGCAUGCUCGCUGGUGUGGAGCUGCCUGAUUACCUGUCCUUGCCGCACUUGUUUGCCAAGGUGGUGGGGCUCACCUGCUCGCUGGCAGCAGGCAGCACCAUCUUCUUGGGAAAAGUGGGUCCGUUUGUCCACUUAUCGACCAUGCUGGGAGCAUAUUUAUACCGUCUGUGUGCCUCUGCCGCAAGUGUGAAAGAGGGGAAGCCUAAACAGGAGAUACUGGUGGUGUCUGCUGCAGUAGGGGUCGCCAGCUGUUUCGGUGCUCCCAUCAGUGGAGUGUUGUUUAGUGUGGAGGUGAUGGGCACGCAUUACGCCGUGAGAGAUUACUACCCCAGCGUCCUGGCAGCCGCCUCUGGAGCGCUCGCCUUCCACCUGCUGUCCGUCUGCGGCGGGAAGCAGGAGACGGUGCAGGCCCUGUUUAAGACUACUUACUCCACUAACCUGCCCUUCCAACCUGUAGAGAUACUGGCAUUUGCUGUUCUGGGGUUGCUGUGUGGCGCUGUGAGCUGUCUGUAUUUGCUCUGUCAUCGCUGGAUCCUGCAGUUUAUGAGAACCAACGCAAUACUCAGCAAAAUUCUUGCCACUGAGAGGGUGUUGUAUUCAGGUGGUGUUGCGUUUCUCCUGGCGUCUAUAACAUUCCCUUUGGCUGCUGGACACUUCAUGGCUGCCAAGCUCUCCAUGAACCAGCUCCUCUCCUCCCUGUUAGAAGAGACACAGUGGUACGUGGUUUCCCAGAAUGCAUCAGUACAGGCGACCGGAGAUACUCUUUGGCAGGCGUGGAGUCCAUCCGGAUCCACUGUCUAUGUCACGCUAGGAGUGUUUCUCCUCAUGAAGCUAUGGAUGCUGGUCUUGGCUUGUACUUUACCCCUUCCUGCUGGAUAUUUCAUGCCUGUUUUCAUCUAUGGUGCUGCAGUGGGGCGUUUAUUGGGUGAGGGCUUGGCUCACGCCUCCACGAAUGGGGUCUCAUCACAGGGCACAGCGUGUGCAAUAAACCCAGGGGGUUACGCUUUAGCCGGGGCCGCAGCGUUCUCCGGAGCUGUGACUCACACGCUCUCGCCGGCCCUGCUGGCACUGGAGCUGACCGGCCAGCACACCCACGCUGUGCCCGUCCUGCUCGCCACACUGCUGGCUAACGCGCUAGCACGCUCCCGCCACCGCCCGUCCUUCUACGACGCCAUCGCCAUCAUCAAGAAGCUGCCCCACCCUCCCUCGCUGCUCAGGACCUGUCCAAAGCUGUUGUCUGUGCCGUUGAGGCAGGUUGUCCGAGUCCCCACGGCGGUGCUGGAGAGCCAGGACGGAGUGACCAGCGUCCAGCAGCUCCUUCGCUCAAGCACAGAGAGGAUGUUUCCAGUAGUGGACUCCCACGAGUCUGGAGUGUUGCUGGGCUCUGUGAGCAGAUUACAGCUGGAGGCUUUUCUGCACGGUCACAGACAUGGGAGAUUGGACAAAAAAUUGGUGGAUCAAUGCUCUUUUCAGCCAGUAAAAAUCCAGCUAUCUACUGAGGCCACGAUAAAGCAGGCCUACUCUGUGCUGGGUGCAGUGCGCGAGCAGUGUUUGUUUGUGACCGAGAGGGGAAGGUUGGCCGGGGUCAUCACAUGGUCAGAGAUAAACAGAAUAAUGGAAGAAAGACACAUCCCAACACUCAACUGCUGAAAGGACAAAAUCCACUCACAACUCAACCUCGUAUCAUACAGUAAUAAUUUCCCUAAGGGCCCUCUCAAAAAAUAUAAAUAAUUUUCAUUAUGUCUUAAUAUGUCUCCUUGCCCCAGCCUAGUGUUGAUAUUGUUAUUUACCCUACCCUCUGCCUCUGAUCUUUUAAUCACGUGAAGAGCAGAUGAGAUUGCCAUUGUUGAUUUGGCCUCAUGACUCAGGCAACCCUUUUGGUCCUUCUCUGUUAUAUUACUCUGGCCUUGUGGUUGAUUGGAGAGGUGGAUUGAUAUCAUUCAUUUGUGCAUCUCUGCAGCACACGCAAUGCACAAGAUAAAGGAAAUUAGACUUCUUUAUUACUGUCCGCCAUUCCCUUCGCUCGAUAGUGCCCUGGCUCCGUCAGACUAAUGAAGAAACAGAAGUGAUAACAGGCCUGGUUGGGGGGACCAGGGGGGAAAAAAGGACACAACUUUGUAUGAUGAAUCGAAAACCAGACACUGUCAAAACUGUAUCACAUGCUGUGGAUAUUAUUGUAAUAGAAUGCCUGAACUGCCUUAUGUACUUUGUGACUUCACUACACUAGACUGUUUCUUGAAUGUGACUUUGACUCCUACUGAUUUAUAGCCCCUGCGUCAAGGCUGUGUUUCAGAAGAGCACGUCCUUGAGUUUGGUUGUGGGGGAAAGUGAAUAUAUGAACAGUGCAGUCAAAAAACGAAUUAUGUGUGUCAUCUCUCAGUGGCAGCGUUGUCCUCUCUCCCUCCCUCUCUUUUUUCAUUUACUUACUCCCUUUCUUUCUUCAUUGUUUGAUGUUCUCAGGGGAUCUCUGAGUUGAGGGAUCGGGUGGUGUCAUUAGAAAGCGUCUAAGAUAAUAAAAUAAGAUAGAAAAAUAUUGCAUUACAAUUUCCAAGGAUUACAUCGUGACUCGCCACCCUCUCCAUGCAUAUCCCCGGGACCCUCUAUCUAUUGUCUGACCCUAUCACUUCAAUUAAAGUCUAUUCAGAGUGUG